AUGUAUCAGCAUGCUGUUCCAUACCAACUUCAAGAUCAUAUGUACUAUUGUGCUCCUCCAAAGAUUUAUGUUUCUGAAACACCCCCUCGUGUGCCUUUCCGCGAAAAGCCUUGUGAACCUUCACAAAUCAAAACGAAAAAUCCAAUUCCCACCUCUAGUUCACUUUAUUUUGAAAACUACUCUAUGCCGCUUCCCCAGAAGCAUUCACCUUCGCCAUCAUUUGAUCUUCCUUCUGAAGUGGAUAGAGAGACUACACCCUCUGAAUUUUCGGGAUCCUCACAUUCCUGUUCUUGCGUAAAUUGUUUAGCACCACCUCGGAGCAAGCCUUUAACGACGGAUGAACUCAGAUCUCUGCAGAGAUUUAAAGGAUCAAAACAGGUAAGUUUGAGAAGCAAACAUGAUGUGCUGGUGUAUUCGAUUCCAGGAACUGAGAAUGCCUAUGUAUUCUGCCACGAUCGUACAAAUGUCCAUUAUCAAGUAUUCCAGUGUGUUUAUUGUUGGAAAUGGAAGGCCAAGACGCGUAUCAAGGUGAUCGGAGAUGAGUUUCUUGAGGAUCCAUGCAAAGUAGACCAUAUUUGUUCUCCCGUUGAUGAAUUGGAAGAUAGAGUGGAGAGACUCACUCAUAAGUGGCUGAUGAAUUUGAGAGAAGAGUCCAAAUUUUGUCGUGCUUCGCCUAAGGAGGAGUAUACAAAUUUCCUAGAUUGGUUACGAGAUGAUUCCGAUGAAGAUGAAGAAGCUAGGAAGAAGAUGUUGAAGUUAUUCAAGAAGUCUGGUGGGUACAAAGAACAUCGGAAAAUGUUUGCGAGGUUCUGCAAGCCUAAGAGGGUACCAGCGAAGAAUUUUGUCGAAAAAUAUAUACCUCGUGUAUUUCAAGACAAAUCUGAGGAGGAACCUCUUUUUGAACUAGACGAUAGUUUUUGCCCUGAAAAGAUUGGAACAAUGCAGCUUUUGAAAUCAAUUACGGGAAUAAAUGGAGAGGAUAAAUUCUAUGAGUACUGA